AUGUCAAGCGAAAAAAGAAGAGCCCGAUUGGAAACUAUUAACAAAAAGUGCAAAAAUCAACAAAUUUCUUUGCUCGAAGCCAAACAAUUGCUUAUAGAAAUGUUAAAUGUUUAUGCCCAAUAUCCAGUUAAAAGUGAAGCAGAAAUAUCAAGAGAAGAAUUAUUAUUACAAGGAGAAAUUAAGCCUAAUGAAGAAGAGCUAAAACUUUUAGAAGAAACUUACCGACUUGUUCCUGCAAGUAUUAAGCAAGCCGAAAACAGUCUAAGUGAAAUAAGAAGUUUAAAACAACUCACAGAAGAUGAUAUCCAAAAAUUUAUUCAAUUAAAUAAAGAAAGUGUUGAAAAAUGA